AUCCCGAUUCCCACCCCUUCUGUCGAUCACUUGAAGGGAUCCCGAAUUCGUGAGUCCACUCCCAAAUCCCUUCCUCUUUCUCCCCAUCCACAUGACCUAGGUUUUCUUCUCACCAUCACCCGCUCGCAACCUCGUCGCCGCCAACGAGAAACCUCACCACCGCUAGCAACCUCACCGUCUUGCCACCUCACUAUUCCCAUCAACCUCAUCGAUCGCCUCCUCAUCACACCACCUCGCCAUGCCGCCUCACCGUGCAGCCUGUGCCCAUCAAGGUUGUCGGUCGUCGUCUCAUCAUGCUCAGCAAUGUUGCCGCCUCGUCGUGCUCAUCCACCGGCUGCCUAAGGUAGAUCACCUCCAUUCCACCACUCAGCAUCAUCGACAUCCCCUCCUUUCCACCUCGAUCGCCUCACUGUCGAUCAACCACCGUUGAUCGUCUCACUGUUGCUCUCUUCCCCUUAGACCGCCACUGUUACUCACCACCAUUAGCCACCAUCGGCUCCUUUACCUACUACGAUUGUGCCGUCGAGAGCCGCUUCCCCUCCCCUCACUCGGUAGAUCGAGUAGCACGAUCUACAAUCUCCAAUUAGUUCAGUUUAUUUGCAGUCAUGAUCCUAUCUCUGAGGUUCAUCAGCCGACCACACGUCGGGGUCCUCAAGAAGCACUAACAUUCAUAUGUCAACUAGUCCACCAAAAGUUUUUUCUACACCAAUUCGUUCUAGAGAAGAUUCACCGGUAAGUCGAAUCAUAAUGGAUGAUGAUUAUUGUCCUAAACAAAUAAUGAAUACAACUGAUCCAACAACUAAUGAUGAGGCUACCCUUGUAACUACUACCACUACCGAUGGUACUAGUGCUAUAUAGGGCCAUAAUGAAGAUGAUGAUGUCAAUCCAUUUCAAAAGAAGAAGAGAGCGAGAACAUCUCAAAUUUGGAAUGAAUUCAAAGAGACUAAGCUUUCAGAUGGUUUUAAGAAAGCACAAUGCAUCCAUUGUAAGUCAUAUCUUUCAAUCAUUGCUAGUAGAAGUACAACUCAUUUUGGAAGGCACUUGAAAGGUUGUCUUCAGCGAAAGCUUGCUGAAAAGAAAAAACAAAAGCUUAAUUUUCAGCCAACUAAUUCGGGUGCUCAUUUAAACCCUCCUCUACAUGACGGCAAAUUUGAUAUGGCAAAGAUGAGAGAUGCUGCAGCACAUUGGGUUUUAAUGCAUGAGCAUCUGUUUACAAUUUUGGAGGAGAAAGGCUUUAACUUGAUGCAAAAACGUGGGAUGCUUGAAUGGCAAAAAAUAACACGCACGACAAGUAAGAAUGAUUGUGCGAAGGUGUAUGAGAUGGAAAAAAAGAAAUUGAAAAUGAUGUUGAAGAAUGUUAGCAAAAUCAGCUUGAUGAUGGAUCUGUGAAAAUCUAAGAAUCAAAAGAUUGAGUAUAUGGUUCUUACAAGGCAUUGGAUUGAUUCUAAUUGAAAAUUACAGAAAUGUGUCCUUAAUUUUGUUCACAUUCCUCAUCGUUGUGGUGUUGAAAUUGCUGAUUCCAUUUUCAAAUGUUUGAAGGAAUGGGGAAUUGAGAACAAGGUAUAUACAAUCUCAAUGGAUAAUGCCUCAAACAAUGAUUCUGCAAUAAGAAUCUUGAAGGAUAAUUUCUCAAGAAAUAGGAGUUUGCUUUGUGGAGAAAAAUUAUUUCACAUUUGAUGCUAUGCACACAUCUUGAACUUGAUGGUUCAAGAUGGUCUAGAUGAAAUUGGUGACAUCAUUAAGAAUGUACGUGAAAGUGUGGACUAUCUUAAUUGAACAGAGGGGAGGCUUAUGUUGUUUGCUGAGAUUGCACAAUAAUUACAAUUAUCUACAAGGAAGCUAAUUCAUGAUUAUAGAACUCGAUGGAAUUCAACUUAUGAGAUGUUGGCCACUGCAGUUGAGUUCAAAGAAGUCUUUCCAAGGUUCAAAGAUCGAGAGCCACACUAUGAUUGUUGUCCAAGUUUGGAGGAUUGGGAGAAAGUUGAGAAAGUUUGUUCAAUUUUGGAGGUAUUUUGGACGGCCACUCAUAUUAUUUCUGGGAGUGAAUAUCCAACAUCAAAUUUGUUUCUUAAUGAAGUAUACAAAGUGAAAGUUUUGUUGGAUAAAAAUAUACAAGAUGAAAAUGAUUUUAUUCGAGCAUUGGUUAGAAAACUGAAGCAGAAAUUUGAUAAGUACUGGGGGGAGCGUAAUUUAUUGAUGGCUAUAGCGGCCAUUUUGGAUCCACGAUGCAAGAUUCGAGUGAUUGAGUUUUGCUUUCCUAAAAUAUAUGCACCAUAUGAUGCACAAGCAAAUAUUGCAAAGGUUCGAGAAGCUUUGUAUGAUCUUUAUGGGGAAUAUGUGACCAUGCAUUAUAGUAGUGAAGGUGAGAAGAGUAUGGACAAUCAAGUGGCUGGUUCUUCAAGUGGGCCUGAUGGCUAUGUUGAAGCUUCUUCUUCUGGUUGGUCAGAAUUUUCUGAUUAUUUGAGGAUGGUUGAAAUUGUUUUACCACAUAAAUCUAAUAUAGGUAUAUAUUUGGAGGAAGGUUGCUACAUUUGUGAUUCAAAUUCAGAUAAAUUUGUUGCUUUGGAAUGGUGGAAGGUGAAUACAUUGAAGUAUCGAAUGUUAUCUAAGACGGCUUGUGAUAUACUUGCCAUUUCUAUCUCCAUAGUAGCUUCAAAGGAUACCUUUAGUGCUGGAACUAGAGUUAUUGAUGCAUAUCGUGCUUCAUUGUCUCCGGAUACAGUGCAAGUAUUGAUGUAUGCAGGAGAUUGGUGUCGUAAUAUUCAUGGAGUCAAGAAGAACAACAAAAUAAGUUUUAAGUAAAAAAUCAUUUUUCUUUUUAAUAUAAAAGUUUAUGUGAGUAUGAUUUUUUUUGUAUCUUUGCAGAAAGAGGAAAAACCAAAAGAAAUCAUUUUGCCUAUCCCUUGAUGUGCCCUUGACCCAAGGAGCUGAGUUAGCUUGUAAUGUUUAUUCAAAUAAUUAGGGUUUAUAUGAUCAAAUCUGUUUGUUUUACUAUUGUUUAUCAUUGAAUACAGAGUAAUCUAUAUAUUGCUAUGGACAUUUGCAGGUUGUUAUGGACUGAUGGAAUCUCUUGUGCAUGUUGCUCUUCAAGUUUGAAUUUGGUGCUAGAAUUUUGUUAUGAAAUGAUGGAGAAGAUAUUUUAGUAUUGGAAUACUAUUAUGGUUUUGUAACAUGAAAAUGGCUGAAACUUUAGCACUAAGUCUAUGACUCUAUGUAUGCUUAUUAAGGACAAUAUGUCUUAUUCUCAUUUGACUUUAAGCACUUGGUCUCAAGAUUUGUUUUGUUUGAUUUUUUGUUGCCUUAAAAUACUAAUAUGCAAUGUUCACCUCCAGUAGUUAUAUGACUCAUAUCUAAACCUAUGUGAUCUAUGAAUUCUUUCUAACAAUUGGCUAAGUUGUUAAUGUUCUAUCAGUUUGUUAAUGUAAAGUUGUAGACCAUAACAACAUAUAUAUUCCUAUAUUGGUGUUUGCUUUUAUGCCUAUCUAAUAAAUGAAUGUGCUUGUACUUGUGUAUAUCUAUGGUUUUAAAAUAUGUAUUCCAGAAUUGUCUGUGCCUAUUUAUAUUAAUUCAUGCUUGUAUUUUCUGAAUUAUCUUUAUUUUUCAGAGUUGGUUGAACUGAGAGAAGGAACCAGGUUGACUCUUCUCAACUUUAUUAAUUAUGAAGUUUAUGUGUUGGCCCAUCAAUAUUUGACGGUCAUUAUUAGUUUAAUUUGAUCUUUACUAUAGAUGAAACAAUAUUUCUGUGGAUGACCUUUAAUAGUAGCUGUUGGAAUAAUCAUGGCAAACAAAGUGGUGGGUACUUCAUGAUGCAGUUGCUCUGUUCCUUGUUACUUUCUCUGGGAUCUUUACACCAAUUGGAUUUCCUUGUCGAUUAUUUUCAUAUCCGAAAAAAAUUAGAAUCUUAUGUAGUACAUUGUAUUAUAGGUGAUGGGCAAGGUUGGAUUCAAUUUCCAAGUUGCUCUGUUGCUAACAUCAGCUUGAAACAUAACAGGUAGAUUAGUGCAUGUAAUUGCCAAAACAACUGCAGGAACCUUCUAUGCUUUUUGUUGCUAAGCUACCAUCUGAAACUGUCUCAGUGCUCAUAUAACUCAUUCUUCUUUUUUUCUACGUUGUUUUCUUGUUUGCAGUGUGGGGUUCUAUCAGAUGGCUAAGAGCUGUGACUCCAACCAUUGUUUUAGCUGAGUUCAUGCUUUUCAGGAAAAAGGUUUCGUUUCAGAAGGUUAUCAGUUAUCACAUUGGCUGUUGUAUCAAUAGGUGUGGCUGUUGCAACUGUCACUGAUUGCUGAAUUCCAUUUUUUUGGUCCUUAUGUAGCAUUAGCAUGGGUUGUGCCUAGUGCUGUAAAUAAAAUUAUGUGGUCUAAUAUGCAGCAAAAGGGCAAUUGGACUGCCCUCAUGUAAUUGGAAUUGGAUCCAUUGAUAUAGGUGUUUGGCACAUAUUAUUGAGUUCAAUAAUAUAAUUCUAAAAAUAUGGAUAGAAAAUAAAUUUUGAAUUCAAUGUCA